AUCUGUUCCGAACUCCGGAUCAGUUAUUAGUAUUCCAAAAUGGCGACUUACUUGGAAAACACGCGAAAACAUUUUCAAAAUAACAACCGAGUAAGAGAAUCUCAGGCCCACUCAGCAAAGGUUCACUCAGUAGCGUGGAACUGUGAUGGGAGACGUCUAGCCUCUGGAUCAUUCGACAAAACUGUCAGCGUGUUUAUGUUGGAGCGGGAUCGACUGGUGAAAGACUUGACGUUUCGUGGCCAUGGUGACAGUGUUGAUCAGUUGUGUUGGCACCCCAAACACCCGGACCACCUCGUCACCGCAAGUGGCGACAAAACUGUCAGAAUCUGGGACGCCAGGACCAACAAAUCCGUAGCAACAGUCAACACCAAAGGAGAAAACAUCAACAUCUGUUGGUCACCCGAUGGGAGUACAAUAGCUGUAGGCAACAAAGAUGAUCUCAUCACAUUUAUUGAUAUCAGAAGUCAUAGGUCCAGAGCAGAGGAGCAGUUCAAAUUUGAGGUUAACGAGAUUUCAUGGAAUAACGAAGGAGAUCUAUUCUUCCUGACCAGUGGUCAAGGCAGUAUACACAUCUUAAGUUACCCUGAGUUAAAGCUGCAGUACUCGUUAACGGCUCACCCUGCCAACUGUAUUUGUAUAGAGUUUGACCCCGUGGGGAAAUACUUCGCCACAGGAAGUGCUGAUGCCCUCGUCAGUCUCUGGGACACGAAUGAGCUGGUGUGUGUACGCACAUUCUCAAGAUUGGAUUGGCCGGUUAGGACUCUAAGUUUCAGCCAUGAUGGCUGUCUGCUGGCUUCAGCUUCUGAAGAUCUGGUUAUAGAUAUUGCCGAGGUGGAAAGUGGUGAGAAGGUUACAGAGAUUGCGUGCGAAUCCCCCACGUUCACCGUUGCCUGGCAUCCAAAACGUUACCUGCUGGCGUUCGCCUGCGACGACAAGUAUGAAGGACAUCGUGACGAAAGAGGCAGUGUCAAAGUGUUCGGUAUUCCCUCUGACCCUUGACCUGUAAAGGUCGUGGUACGGGACCAAAAUGACUAAGAGAUUGUUAAGUGAUUACUCGGUAGCCUUAUUACUGACCGGGCACAUAAACCUGAGAUUGAUGUCAUCAAGGUCACAAGUCAUUCAGGUAUAGCGUCAGACAGUCUCGACAAGACAGACAUUACAACGAGUAAAAAUUGUAGAGAAAAAUUUUGUUGUUUGAAGUUCAAAAUGUCAUGGAGUUUCAUUGAACUGUUGAGAUAUUACAAAUAUGUUUGUAUCAGAUGAACAAUAAGCUAUGGACCUACGUAAAUUGGACCUACGUAAAUUGGACCUACGUAAAUUUGGACAUACAAAUGCAUUACAGCUUUGUUAUAAAUUCUUAAAUGAAAGAAUCCAUGCAACUUUGAAAAUCAGUUUCAACAAAAUGUUUGAAAACAAUAAGAUACAACAAAACACCUUACCUGGUAUUACAUGGUGAUAGAACGGUAGAUUGUUCGUAGAACAGUGUAUAUUCUGUCCAGUAUGUCUGUGUCGUUAGACAUUGGGUAUAUUUCAGGUAACAUACUACAGUGUGCAGUUUGUUCAUACUAUAUGUAUACAUGUUUGUAAGCAAGUGAUUUCGUUUGUAGUUUGGAUGGGUGCAGAGUUUAUUGAGGUUGUAAGAAUGUGGGUAAAAUACAGAUGUAUGUAUGAAAGCUGUAUAACAGUUUAAGAGUGCUGGAACCUGUGAAUAUUCUGUAUAAUUUGUAUCCAGUGUAUGUAUUGGGUUAUGUGUGUAUGAUGUCAUGUAUAUUUGUAUACAUGCUAUAUUGAUGUAUAGCUUGACGAUAGUAAAGUAUAUGUCGACCAAUAAAUGCACUAAUGAAAUGUACUAAUUCCGCAA